UUGCAGCACACAGCAGGAAAAGCACGAGGCGCUCAUGCUAUAAAGAUAAUCGGAUGGGGUGCCGAAAACGACGUGCCUUACUGGCUCAUUGCUAACUCAUUUAACGAUGACUGGGGAGAGAAAGGUUACUUCCGCAUGAUUCGGGGAAUCAACGAGUGUGGAAUUGAACAAGAAGUAGCCGCCGGGCAUGUCCAAUUGUGA